GAAGCUCAUCGCAAUCGGAUCACAUCUCGCUCGCUCUCUGAAGGCUAGGUUUAUCUCUGCUUUUUGUAUCUCUGCUUUUGUUCUUUGAAAUUGCGCGCAGACUGGGGAUCGGACGGCGAGAAUUUUGGUCGGAGAUUCGAUCAGUCGGCGACGAAUUUAAAGUUCGUUAUUUGUGAAUUGGAAAUCUUUCUAGCUAGUUUUCUUUGCUUCCUCGUUUGCUUUCGUGUGGCAUUUGUUCUUGGAUGAAACGGCAACCUUGUUUUCUGACUUCUGCUUGAAUUUAGGUAGGGAUCUCACCGAAAUGAUUAAAUUUUAGGUUAUCUGAAUGAUUAAGAUCGCUUGGUUGCCAAGAAGGCUUUAGAAUGGAAAGUUAGAGCCGUUAUUUUGAAUUUUCGUUUCUUUUGCUUUCUCUUUAGAUUUUUAGCGACUGGCUUUUUUGCAAUUGAUUGUGAAAGAGCAUGAGAAGAGAGGAUAGAGUGGAUGGAGGGCCACUAGCAAUUUCCAAUUCCUAGUUCUAGGUUAUUUGUUUGGGUUUCUAUUUCUUUGUCGUGUAUUUUCAGAUUGGCUAUUUCCAUUUUCUAGUUUUUCUGUUUGUUUGUACGUGCGGGGGCUGGCGUUAGCUUGACUUUAUGAGGUUGUUGCUCGCUAACGAAAUUAUUAUGCCAUUCAUGAAAUUGUUACGUGUGUUGUGCACGAUCUAAAUGUCAAAAGUACGGUUGAUUGUUACUUUCUUCUUAAUGAUUCUUGUUGUUGCUUAUUUGUUGGGUUCUGCAUGUCACUGCCUCUGUUUUUUUCUUUUUCCCCUUUUUUUGUUACUUCUGAUCUGUUUGCUGUUUGUUGGUAUGACAUAGGGCUUGCUGUCUUUGUUUAAGCAUGCCAUUUAUGACAGCCUUCUUGUUUUCUUUCUUAAAUUGUGAGAGUUGAAGCUGAGAGAACGAUUUUAAUUUCAACCACUUUUACUUCUGCCGGUCCUUUUUGUGACGUAUGCGCUGUUGCCAUCUGUACCUGGUGCAACUAUUGUUUGGUUUCCUGUCGGUUUGGUUUCGAGUUGGGUGCCUAUUUUACCAUUCUGGACGAUAUUUCAUGGGUUGCUAUGGGUUCGUCUCCAUUAAUUUCCCAGAAUUAUAACGAGAAUGGGAGACAUUAUGUAGAUGCAACAAUGCACGUCCAUAAUUUGACUAGCUUGAUGAGGGGCUGAUCUUGUGUGGGGACAUUUUUUGUUAUUAGGAAUAACUGUAGGGUUUUAAAACGAGAGACAUGAAGCAUUCAAAUCGCGUAUGGGGUUUAGACUGAAGAGUUUAAUUUUAACUUCAUCAUGAGGUAUAUGUACCUACCUAUUCAUAGGGCACAAGUACAACCCUUUUUUUUAUUUGCUAACUCGGUUAUUCUUACUAUGUUUUAAGCUAUAGAAGAUUAGUCAUGGAGUUGCAGGUGCAACAAGCAGAGAUUAAUUCAAUCUUUAUGAUUAAAGACAUAGGAUCUGCGGUCAUCCAGAUUUGAUUGCUCAGGGUUUUUAGGGUCCCUGAUUAAUCCUAUUGAUUUGGGAUGCUUGAUUGUGUUCUAUGGUACAUUGGCUAUUUAGUCGCAGGUAAAAUUAUUCAUUCCUUACAGGCCGGUUUAGGAAACGUUUGCUCCUUACUUGUGUAAGGAGCUAAAAUGUAAAAAGACGAGAAACCUAGUUUUUCCUUGAUCCGAUUCUGGCAUUACAGUAUCAUUUCCUUUAUCUACUUCCCCAGUUAAUUUUAACCGUAUUAAAUAAGGGCCAUGUGCUUGGGGACAAUCAAUCAUGUGUCAUUAAUCGGUCAUGGUGUUAAAAGUCUGAAUUCUAGGAGUUAAACAGCAUGUUAGCAUACUUUUUCAUUUCCCCCAUGUUUUUGCCAUCCAAAGUUCUUGCUUCAUUAAAGUCUUCUGACACAGAAGUUCAGCUCGGUGUUGGAAAGAGAACUCCUUUGAUCCUUUGAAGAAUUUCAUCUUGCAAAUUGGGAAAACAUAGAUAGUAUAGGAAGUUUUUACUUUCAGCCAAGCAGGCUCUAAAGUUAAUACUUACUACUCUUAGAUUGCUGGAAGUGACUAACACUUAAAUGAGCUAGAUUUGAAUUGAAGAGAAGCCCAUGGAGAGCUUGGAUGGUAAUAGAAGUUGUUUGGGUAAGUUUCACUUAUUGAAGGGGAUACUGGAGUCACUGCAGAUUCACAGACCAAGGUUGGUCUAUCCAUUGAUGGUGUCCAACUUAGAUGGCUAUGAACUUCUUGAAGGAUCAAUCAUGCGAUGGUUACUAUGCAGACCUGAAGGCUUUGGCGUACCUCAGUGGCUGCAUUUUUUAGUUUUAUAUUUGGAUUCUUACAGAUGCACUUGCUAUGAUGAAUGCUUCUCUUGGAGUUUGCUGAUUGGAGCUAUCAACCUUAGUUGGAUUAUGUUGUUGCUGAUUUGAAUUGGUCUUCCGUAAUAGACGAGAAAGCAACAUUCUCGUGGGUUGUUUACCUGCUUGGUGGGAAACUUAGUUAUGCCUUUUGGGCCUUAGCGUUCUAGCUUAACUUUCCCUAAAUGCAGGUACUUUAGGCUCAUAACAAGCUGCUUGCUAGUCUUUAGUAUAUACAUCAAAAGACUAAAUGGCAGAUUUAGCAGUCAGCCAUUCAAAGGCUCUGAACUUUGAGCCUGAUAACCUCCAGCAUGCCACCAGUGAAGAACAGGCUGAGUUGCAAUCCCUGAAUCCAAAUGGAGAGUGUGUGCCCAUUGAAGAACCACAAUAUGAUGUGAAACCCACCACUGGUACAGAGCUGCUCGAUAAAGGAUACAUGCAGUAUGGGUGCCCUCAUUACCGAAGAAGAUGCCGUAUUAGAGCUCCAUGUUGUAAUGAGAUAUUUGAUUGUCGUCAUUGUCAUAAUGAGGCAAAGAACAAUAUCAAUGUUGAUCAGAAACAUAGGCAUGACAUUCCACGCCAUAGAGUCCAACAGGUCAUAUGUUCUCUCUGUGGCACUGAACAGGAGGUUCGGCAAAUUUGCAUCAAUUGUGGUGUUUGUAUGGGAAGCUACUUCUGUGAGACCUGCAAGCUGUUUGAUGAUGAUACAUCGAAGAAACAAUAUCAUUGCAAUGGCUGUGGUAUUUGCAGAAUUGGUGGGCAGGAGAAUUUCUUCCAUUGCAACAAGUGUCGAUGUUGCUACACGGUUCUUCUGAAGAAUAGCCAUCCUUGUGUUGAAGGAGCAAUGCACCAUGACUGCCCUGUUUGCUUUGAGUACUUGUUUGAAUCUAGAAAUGAUGUAAAUGUCAUGCGAUGUGGGCAUACAAUUCACAAAAGCUGCUUGAAGGAGAUGCAGGAACAUUACCAGUAUGCAUGUCCUCUAUGCUCCAAAUCGGUCUGUGACAUGUCUAAAGCUUGGGAGAAAUUUGACAUGGAGAUUGCAGCUACGCCCAUGCCUGAGCCUUACCAAAAUAUGAUGGUCUGGAUCCUUUGCAAUGACUGUGGCACCACGUCUGAGGUGCAGUUUCAUGUGGUAGCUCAGAAAUGCCCCAACUGCAGAUCCUACAACACCCGCCAAACAAGAGGGCGAUGAAGAGCUAGAAUGGCGACACAGCUGGCCAACUCUCACUUGAGCAUACUAUUGACUUUUGGGCUGCAUUCAAAACCUCAUCCUCUGAUCCAUGGAAAAUGAAGAUGCAGACCAUCUCGACCCGGCCCGGCAGCUUCGUGCAGUACCGGGCUGGCCUCGUGGAAUUUUGUUUUUCUGUGUUCUACUCUGUUUUUUGUUCGCAUCUUUAAUAAUCUCAUCUAGCUGCCAAUAUUGUUAUUUGAUAAACGCUUUAUUUCCAAACCCAUUGUUCCCCCUUAUUGCGAGGAUAAGAAGUCAGCAAUGGUGAAAUAGAGUUUGAAGGCAGCAAUGGCGAAUUGGAUAUUGAAUUUGUGAGGUCAAUCUCAAUUUAGAAUUGGAUUCAAGUUAAAAUUACAUAUAAA